AAACCGCCAUGCGUGUUCCCAAGAAACCCGUUUUCUUUUGCCUCUCUCUGUUUUCUCCCGACCUUUCCGCUGCCUCCCCUUCCUCUCUCUCUCCCCGCUUGCGCUCUCGCUCUCCCGGUAAACGAAAAGGCAUUCACACGAUAGGUCCGUUCCAGUUUUCGUCCUCGUUUUUUCUUUCAAAAAUUUCAAAUCUUUAGCCAUUUUUUUGAGCUUUUGAAGCGUGAGUUUUGCGAGGGCUGUGUCUGCAUUUACGUGUCGCUGGUGGGUUUUUGUUGGUUUGGGAUUUUACCUUGUUAUCUGGCGUGAAGCUUUUUAGAAGUUCGUAGGAGGAGAGGGCUGUAAGUAUUGGGGGGUUUCAACAGCGAGAAACGAACGAGAGAGCAAAAAGCACAGAGCUUUUCUUUUAAUUUUGAGAAACUGGAAAUUUUAGGUCUCUCUUGGAGCGUAGCUGGGAGGAUUCGUGGAGUCGGAACUUAACCUGGUGCACUGUGCGCUCACUUUUGUCUGGCACUUCGGGAGGUUAUCAAUUGCAUGCCAGCUAUUCGAUGGAAAAGGGCCACGAGACUGCUGUAGGAGGUGACAAGCCAUCACAUUUUGCAAAUAUGGGCUCGACGGAUGGUGGUCAAAAACCAUAUGUGUGGUCAUCUCCCCAAGGAGGAUGUAAAAUAGACUUAAGAAAGCAGAUUUUCUGCAACAGAUCGUUGAAUAUGAAGAAUAUUGUCGCGGUAGGAUUUGAUAUGGAUUACACAUUGGCACAGUACAAGCCGGAAACCUUUGAGUCUCUUGCAUACGAUGGAACUAUCCGAAAGUUGGUGUAUGAUCUAGGAUACCCUCGUGAGUUGCUGAAUUGGUCCUUCGAUUGGACAUAUAUGGUCAGAGGGUUGGUUCUGGAUAAGAAGAGAGGCAACAUCUUGAAGAUGGAUCGACAUAAGUAUGUGAAAGUUGCUUACCAUGGAUUCAAAGAGUUAUCUAAGGAAGAUAAAGUUAACACCUAUGGAAAUACAUUAAUACGGGAUUCCUUUGACGAGCCAGAUUAUAUUAUCAUUGAUACCCUCUUUGCUCUAGCUGAAGCUUACAUGUUUGCGCAACUGGUUGACUUCAAAGACAAAAAUCCAGGAAAAAUUCCGGAGGGUGUUGAUUAUGCUGUUAUGUACAAGGAUGUUCGAGCUGCUGUUGAUUUGUGCCACCGUGAUGGAACCUUAAAGCAAAUGGUGGCAAAAGACCCUCAGCGGUAUAUUAAUGAAGAUACCUCCAUAGUUCCUAUGCUCAAAAUGCUGAGAGAUUCUGGCCGUGCUACAUUCCUAGUGACAAACAGUUUAUGGGACUACACAAACAUUGUGAUGAAUUUCCUCUGCGAGUCGCGUACAGUGGAUGGUAGUAGAAAAUGCAAUUUCGACUGGCUCAAAUACUUUGAUGUUGUCAUCAGUGGCAGUGCAAAGCCAAGCUUCUUUCAUGAUGGUAACCGUGCUAAUCUGUUUGAGGUAGAACUCGAGUCGGGGAUGCUAAUCAAUACUGAUAAUGGUUCUCCUAUGGCUCAGGUUGGAAGUUCUUCACCUACACCUAUGUUAUCGUUGAAGGGACAGAAGAAGGCUUGUAGAGUUUUCCAGGGAGGCAGCGUUGGCCAUCUUCAUAAGCUGCUUUCAAUUGAGUCAAGUUCACAGGUUCUUUAUGUUGGUGACCAUAUAUAUGGAGAUAUUUUGCGCAGCAAAAAGGUUCUUGGGUGGAGAACAAUGCUUGUCGUUCCAGAGCUAGAGAGGGAGGUUGAACUCCUAUGGGAAUUGAGAGAUACCCGCAAGCAACUUCGAUUGUUGAGGAAUGAACGCGAUCUGAUUGAAGACAAAAUACAUCAUCUAAAGUGGUCUCUGAAAUAUGACGAUUUCAGUACUGUGGAGAAGCAAAAAUUAUCUUCUGAAUGCAAUGCUUUGGAGUUUCAAAGAGAUCAAGUGCGUUUCGCCCAUCAACAGGCUCAACGUGAAUGUCACCAAAUGUUUCAUAAGAUUUGGGGGCAACUCAUGAAGACUGGCUAUCAGAACUCCCGCUUUGCCCAUCAGGUCGAGAGAUUUGCCUGCCUUUAUACUAGCCAGGUUUCCAACUUGAGUCUCUACUCACCCGACAAAUACUACAGGCCGAGCGAAGACUACAUGCCCCAUGAAUUCGAUAUUCUUCCCCUGUGAAGCAUGUUUGCUUCGUGAUAAGAAGACGCGAACAUUUAUGGAUGAUCAAGGUGAACUGUAAAUGAUUUGCUCCAAUACAGAGCUGUAAAUUAAGUGCUUAAAAGCCCUUCACUUUUCUUUGCCCCAUAUGUGGUACAAACUUUUCUGCAUUCUGAAUGAAAUGUUUCUUGCAUGUUAUGACUA